UUGUCAAGAGAUCUUUGACAGGGGGUAAACAAGUGAGGAAGAGGAAUGUAUUUUGGGGCUUUGGUGGCGUUGUACCAAAACAUUUACAAUUAAAGUGUGUAUGAGUAAAUGCAUGCCAUUAAGUAUAUAAAGAGAAAAUGACAGCGAUAAAUAAAGAGGUCAUUGAAAAUCUGGAAGUUAGAGCAAGAUCAGCAGAGCAAAUAAUUGAGUCUCUACGGACAGAGAUCCAGCAACUUACAAUUUCAAAAACGUUGUGUGCUCUUAAAGCGGAAAAUGAGUCCUUAAAGCAGGAGGUGGCGUCACUUAUUAGUCAACUUGAGUCAAUAGAGAAGAUAAACAGAGGUGAAGGACAGCAGGUACGUGCAGUACACAAUAUUUCACAAGUAAAUGUUAAGGCACCUGAAAGUGCUCUCACAGCCACUGCAAGUCAACUUGUGUCUUCUGCUGCUGGUACAGAAAGCAGUAUUGCUCCUGCAAAUUGUAAGAAAGAAAAAAAUAAAAAGAACAAGAAUGUAGAAAAUAUGACAAAAAACAAAGAAACACAUGAGAAAAAAGAUGGUGGUGGAAAAACUGCAGCAGAUAAAACUAAUAAGGCUGAUGUAUCACAAGAACAAUCGGUAGAUGUCGGAAGAUUAGACCUCAGAGUUGGAAAAAUUGUUAAUGUUAAGAAACAUCCAGAUGCUGAUUCUUUGUAUGUUGAAGAUAUAAAUCUUGGAGAAGACAAGCCACGUACAAUUGUGAGUCAGUGGGUUUGGUGAAGCAUGUUGCCCUUGGAAGAGAUGCAGAAUCGACUUGUGAUUGUUCUUUGCAAUCUGAAGCCAGUUAAAAUGAGAGGAGUGUUAUCCGAAGGAAUGGUUAUGUGUGCAAGCUCACCAGAAAAAGUAGAGGUUUUAGUGCCUCCUCACACAUGCGUACCAGGUGAUGAGGUGAUUGUUGAUGGGUACCCCAGGAAUCCAGAUGCUGUUCUCAAUCCCAAGAAAAAGGUUUUUGAAACAGUUGCCGUAGAUUUGAAAACAAAUGAUGACAGAGUUGCUACGUAUAAAGGUGUACCCCUCUCUGUUCCAGGAAAGGGUGUUAUCACCUCACCAAGUCUAAGAAAUGUUUUUAUAAAAUAACAAUAGAAAAGUUCAGAUUUGUGGUUUUAAUGCCAGGAGCGUUCCUACUUUGGUAUUAAAUACAGUUUAGAAAGGUU